AUGGACGGUUNCAUCAAAUCACUGCACUACGCCACGGUGGACGUUGCGGAGUCCAAGAAGGACCCUGAGAACAAGAAACAUCAGUGCUUCCUGGCAUUUGUUUCAAAUGAUCACGCGUACCCUGAUAUAUUCUUUGUGCCCACACUGGAACGGUUUGCUGACCCAACUGAUGACCACGUUCCUGCUGCUCAGGUGAACCGCGUGAAGUUUGCUGUGGAGAAACUUGGGCCACUUAUCAGUCACUGGCAAUGGAAAGGUGGUAGUGCUGAUGCACCUCUCAUUGAAAUAAGACCUGUGGACUUGUUAACAAGAGGGCAUGAAAAUGAGGUUGGAAAGGCAGUGAACGGGCUACUUGAUGUGUACGCACGGAUCGCAUGGAAGCAAAGGCCACUGUGUUUUCCUGAGGUUGAAAAGGGUAAUGAUAUGCACACAAGUGAUGAUAUUAUUCGCAGUCUGCCUCCACCACGUCUUUUAUCUGCACUGGCAGAAAAACUUGGCAUUAGAAUGAAGAAAACGUUGACUGAGUACCCUGAUCGCUAUGAAUACUUUACUUCGGAAGCAACUGUGGCGGACCCCACAUGUCCUGCAGAGAAAAGAAAUCCCCUACUGGAUCGUUUCUUAUUUUAUACAGUCUACUGA